AUGCACGCCAGAGUCCUUGGCUACUUGAUUUUGCAUGCACCGAACCACACAGCAGAAGCAGAAAACGCCAAGAGCAUCGUUUCUUGCGCUGGGAAUAGAGAAAAACUGGAUGAGUUGGGAGAGUCCUUCGUCAAGUGGUUCAUCAAUAUCUGUAAGCACGAUACGACUAUAGUCAGAAGGAGCAAAGGCCGGACCCCUACCCCUUCACACCCCCCUAGUCGACCGUCGUUUGAUCGAGAAAGAGAAGUAAUGGCAUCUACACAUUUCAACGUGGGCGUGGAUGAGCAAGGAGAGCCAACCGACAAAGUACAUUUCAUUCUAGUAUCCCUUCUGCCGUCACCAAGUCUUUGUUUGUCAGAACAAGCUUGCAGCAUCGACUUGUCCGUCUUGAAGCGUUUCGGCUAUCCAGUCGAGACAUUAAACGGCGUUGGAGUCCAUUCCCUGGUCAAUAUUAUGACAUUACAGGCAGACGUCCAUGAUCUAUUUGAUCGUUUACAAUUAUGGUUGGAGGCCACGGAAAUCCCCCAUCGCUAUCGUAUCCAAUCUUCCAGGCGCAUCGGAGCUAUUGUCAGGCGGCGGGAGUUUGUAACGUUUACGACCAGCGAUCCGCAUCGUUUCCCGCUACCGUCCCCAGAGCUUCUCGCCCUUCAUGCAGCUUGCGCCAAGGUCGCCAACCUUUCCGGUGCCGCUGAAUUUCUGGAUAAGGUUGAUCGAGAUCUCGAGGAGCUUGAUGUCCUCAAGGCAAACGGGGACUCGUCUGAAGUAUUAGAUGUUGCUAUUUGGCGCUUGGCGCAUGCAAUGUGA